AUGUAUUCAGGCCAGGCAUUUCGAUUUUCUCACAGAACGUGGAGUGGUAACCAGAUUGAUCUCAAGUAUAUAAACUCCUGAUGCUGCACUUUUGACUCCAGCUUCGCCUUCCCCCAUCACUUCAGCAAUUGGAAUCAAAUUUGAAAGCCAACGGAUCCUUCCAGCGAACAUGGUCUCGCAAAAGCUUCUAGGAUAUGCGCUCACAGCGGCGGCCCUUUUGGCUGUGGACGCUAAGCCAUGCUCCAAGGCUAUCACCACGCCCUCCUACGGCUAUUAUCCUUAUCCGACGACUGAGAGCGUACCGGUGGCUUCGCCAGGAAGCACCUACAGCCUCAGCAACCCGUCAUCGUCCUCGACAGUAUCUAGCAGCGCUACGACGUCCUCUUUUAGCUCUUAUUCAUCCGAAGCCUCGGAAUCCAGCACCAGCAGCGAAUCUUCCAGCAGUAGCACAGUCUCGGAAUCAUCGAUCAGCUCAGAUACUUCCAUGACCACUACGUCGUCGUCGAGCACGAGCGAGUCCACUACCAGUCUGACAUCUUCCACUUACCCUGACACCACAUCCAGCACCACGACCUCGACUUCAUCAUCAUCCUCAUCCUCAUCCUCUACAUCGCCACCUCCGAGCCUUCACACCUGCGGCUUCGGCACCGCUUUUGGCUACCAGAACCCCGUCGGCGGCGUCCCCAAGUCCACCACCCUAAACACUCAGUCGGGCCAGGGCUGCAACCGCUGGGGCUGGUACGAGACGCCCACGGUGGCCGAGCUGCAGGGCGGCAUCUCGGGCCCCCUCUACGUCGGCGCCGGCGGCAACGACAUAACCAAGGCCGUCGACGUCGGCAUCUGGGUCGCGACGGCCAACGCGCAAGGCCGCGUCACUGUCACAUACCUCUUGAACCCGCCCUACACCUUGGCCGAGGUCCACGUGAACCUGGUCUGCCUGCCCUUGACCAAGUGCGCCCCGGGACAGUACACUUAUUCAGCAGGGAGUAUUCCGAACCUGCCGACCUGGAGCAACCCGACGCCGCUCGUGUAUCCUACCUGCACUGGCGGAAGCAAAGCCGCGCUCAUCGUCCAUGCCGCGGUCAACAUACUCACCGUAACUCAAUCCUGCGCCGCCCCAGUGGCAAGUUAACGCAAGAGCGCAUAUACUCAACCUAAUUCACAUAUACAGUGCCGGCUCAAGCAUUAGUGGCAUCCGUUAGUUGUUAUAGAAUCCCUGCUGAGACUUCAAUGUUAAUACA